AUGCAGGUCGACCCAGGUUCAGCCAGUGGCGACCCUCCCAAUCAUGUUGCGUCUUCCUCCAAGGAUCUUCCUGUAAUCAUCACCAGCGAGAAUCUCGGCUCUCCGUCAUGGCCCAACACGGCGUUGACCGUCUCUACCCCAAGGAAUCACAAAGAUCUGGUUGAAACGAACUCCAAUGGCAGUGUUCAUUCGGCCGUCUCGUUGCCACCUUUGGCGCCCACAACUCCUCCUCAGUUGGCUGGAAGUCCAACUUCUGCGGCGGCGAUUGGCUCAAGCUCGGGGUCGCAAAGAGAGCGGCAAAUCUCUCCGAAGCUCGACCGACAACUUCAUGGAUACGGCUCUUCAGCGACGUUGCUCUCAACCACUCAGCGAGCCAAUCAUCUGAAUACCGGGCCAACCCCAAGCCGAAAUCCUUCGGUCAAGUCUAACUCUGGUUUCGUCACCGGCGAUUCUGGAGCUGCCGCGAGAAUCAAAAGUCUGCGACGUCGAAUUUCCCACACAUUGCUUUUUGUACCGGAGCAACGACGAGUUUCAACGGCAUCCGGAGUAAGCGUCACGUCUUGUCCGACAACUGAGGAUGGUCUGGACUCGGAUGAGGGAAUAAGUACAGGCGGGACUUCCCAGCAAAUCUCCUUUUCACAACCGACCAAGCGAAGAUAUACUCCGGCUGCACAGAGAGAUCAGUUUGUCCGUCAACCGUUGAUCAACGACAACAACAACUCCGGUUCGUCCCUGUCGAUCAACGUCUCUCAACCGGUUAGACGGCAGUCAAUCCAACCUGGCGCCCCGAUAAUUGGAUUCCCUGCGAAACGGAGUAUUCAGAGGACUUGUGGCCAUCAACCGUUUGGCCGACGAUCAAGCCAGCCUGAGAUGAAUAUUGCGGCGAAAUUAGCGAUGCUUGGACUUGCUCAAGCACCGCCGAAUCAAUCGCAAACAGUGACCGGUGUAAGCUUGGCGACGCCGGACUCUCGACCCGAAGUUUCGUUGGCAAAACGGGUUUCAUGGAUGAGCAUGAAGAGCCUGAAUGAUCCAAUGGAUCCAUUUAACGAUAUUCGAAAGGAACGGGAGAAUGCGAUCAAUAAUAACCGCGAUUCGCGGACCAACAGUCAAAUGGGAAGUGUGGUGCAACUGAAUGAUACGUUUGAGCUGGAGUCGGACACACCACCUAUCGACACGAUGAGUUGGAGCAAUUUGGGUAAAGAAUGCCAAAAAAUCAAAAUAAUUUAACUCUUACUUGUCAAAACAAAAAUUGUGGAGCACAUGAACUGCCAAAACCAAUCAAGAUUUUAAGCCAGUUGACGGUUCUAAUUAGCCUUUUUUUAGACGAAUUCGACAAUGUGACGUUGAUGUAUUCGAAGCAUGAAAAGAUCCCAAUGAAGGAUUUUGGCAGUGAAAUUCGAGCCACCAUGGAUAUUGAUCAUCUCUUGAACAAAGCUGUUUUGUUAUUGGACCUUCAAGAGACAUCGCUGGAAGAGAUCUUUGCAAAGUAAGCUUUUAACUUUGGUGCCUUCGGUAAAGCACUUGCUAAUGAUUUUUUAAAGGCUAAACUGUUUGAAAACCUAAGGCGUUGAAAAUUUCUCUCAAAAACGUUUAUGGUCCAACAUGAAGCAUUUGUAUUUUUUAUGCUAACGAUUGCUCUUUCAGGAUAAUCCACGAAAUGGACAUUCAGGAGCCCGAGUUCACAAGCGAACAAGUGCGGUCGGUCCUAUUCACUCAAGAUGCUGGGAAUCAAUGUGAGUUUUCACUAUUUUCCGGAAAAAACAUCCAAGAAAAUUUGGUUUGGUAAAGAUUUUUUUCGGCAAAAAAUGCCACAUUUUUGCCAAAUUUCUGCCUAAGAAUCUCGCUGGUUUCUGCAACGCCCGAGUUAGAAACCUCGCAACUAUUCUAGAAAAAAUUUGAUUAAAUUUGCGCCUAGUUUCAACAAAAUCGAAGCGUUGCGCUUGGAACACAUGCCAGUAUAAUUUUCAGUAAAAUCACAUUUCUAAAAUGCUCGAUUUUCAGUCCACAUCCUCAGUCGGACUGUUCAGAGUAUCUGUACGACAGGAACUGUUGGCGGGACCUUCGACUAUGAUCAAACGUGGAUUUGCGCUCUUUGCAUGCUGAAUACGGUGCAGCAUCGGCAUGUGGCCAUUGCAAGAUUGUCGCAUCCAACAAACUUGGGAAGGACUAUGCAGGACCUCAGAUUCAUCAUCAUUGUGAUUGCACCUUCAAGGGCGGUGAGUUAUGGCAGUCUCUUUGAUCGUCGGGAAAUUCGAGGAUUAGAGUGGGUGACCUGAUCCAGUAACAAAAAACGUACCAUUUUGCAUCCGGGAAGUAUCAAAAAUCCAGCAAAAUACCUCCCUCUCCAUGUGAAAAAACUCAGAUUUCAAAAGCUCGCUCGCUCUUUUUGUGAUGAAAAAGGGCGCGCCCUUCAAAACGCAGUUUUUUCACUUGGAGAGGGAAGCAUUUUGCCACAUUUUUGACACUUCUCGGAGGCAAAAUGGCACGUUUUUUGCCACCGGAUCAGGUCACUGUAGAGUCAAAAAGUGAACACGAUCAAGAAAAAUUGCCUAAACGCUCAUUUACCACGAUAAAACUUGGUCUAAUGUAAGGCAUAAGAGCCCUGAAAAGUACUAGAAAAUUUUUUUCAACCUGUAUUUUAAUUAAAUUAAUCCGAGAAACUUCAAUAAUUGCCAACAAUUUCCUAAAAUUAUGUUGUCUAUGGCAAGGCUGACCCAAAAUCCGCGAUUUUCCGGGUUAUUUUUGAAGAUUAACUUGGAAUUCCGCAUUAAAAAGCCACUUGAAAGGCUCUUACUUAUCAAUGCUAAUUUUCAGAAAGGCACAAAGACCGCGUUGGAGACGACCAGGACAUUCGCCACGUUGUUCGCUGAUAUGGACAUCAGGCAAAAGUUAGUUAUGGCCCAGACGGUCGAGGUCUUCCGAGCGACACUUCUCGAUGCCGCCAAAGAACUGGCGUUGGAACAGUCGCAGUGGAGAGAAAGAAAGGCCUCGAUUCAUUUGAGCGAAGCUAAAGAACAAGUCGUAAGUUGAACUACGUUUAUAACUAGAAAUGGAGCCUUCUCAAAUAUUGGUAAUAUUACAUUAAAAACAUCGUUUUCAGUUUGGUACUGGUCCCUGGUAUCCACUGCGCGGGUUGUUUGCCGACAUUCGACGGCGAAAGGCGUCGUACAUCUCGGAUUAUCUUGAUGGUAAGUGAAAAUGACAAAUAAUUUUGGGAAUUGAUGUUGCAAACUUUUACGACUGAAAAAUAAGUCAGCCUCGACGAUUUUAGCUAUUCUUUGUGUUGGUUUUCUUUGUUUUGCAUGUUUUCAUCACAAUUAUUGGUUAUUUUCAGGUGUCCGCGGCCACAGGACGAUCCAGAAACUCUUUUCAACAAUCAUUUUCCUAUACUUUGCCUGUUUGCUUCCGGCCAUUGCCUUUGGCGUCCUAAAUGAUGACAAUACCAGUGGAGGAAUAAGUGAGAACCUUUUUAUUAAUAAAUUUUUUUUUUCAAACCGUAUUUUACCACUCAUUUUCUAGUAUCAGAGGCUCUUUCAGUGAGGGACCUGAUCCAGUGGCAAAAAAGUACCAUUUUGUAUCCGGGAAGUAUCAAAAAUGUGGCAAAAUACCUCCCUCUCCGAGUGAAAAAACUGCGAUUUCGAAAGCGCGCCCUCUCUUUUUGUGAAGGAAAGGGCCUUGAAGAGGGAAGCAUCUUGCCAUAUUUUUGAUACUUCCCGGAUGCAAAAUGGCACGUUUUUUGCCACUGGAUCAAGUCCCUCACUGUACUUUGAGAAUGCUUUAGGAUUUUUAGAAGAUUUGUUUUUUUGAUAAACAUAAACCCCAAUUUUCAGACGUACGAAAGGUGGUAUUUGCUCAAGCCGUUGGUGGCAUCUUUUUCUCGAUAUUUGGCGGCCAACCGAUGAUCGUUUUGCUCACAACUGUACCUCUUGCGAUAUACAUAAAAGGUAUUGAAAUCGUUUGAAUUUCAUCCAUAUUUUACCAAAAAAAAACUCAAUUUUUAAAAGGUUCUAAUUUUUUGUUUUCAGUAAUAUAUCGAAUAUCCGAAUCGCUCAAUUACGACUUCUAUGCAAUGUAUGCGUGUGUUGGGUUGUCUUGUCAGAUGUUUUUGAUUAUUUAUGCGUGCACGGAGCUCUGUAGCUUCAUGAAACUGGCGACUCGGUAAGUAAAGGAGGUUUUCGUCACUUCCUUGAGGUCUUAUAAGAAAGAUACCCCAAUUUUUUACCUCAAUUUUCCUAAAAUUACAUUAAUAACCACGAAUUUCCCCCUUCAGAUCCGCCGAAGAGAUGUUUUCGUUAUUUAUUGCAAUAGCCUUUACUGUCGAGAGUUUCCGCGCCAUCCACCACACAUUCGAUAUCAACUACAAUGACUGUGAUGACACAAUAGAGGGUUCCAAGGUCUUCACCAAGAACCACACCCUGCUGGAUGGGCAAAAACCUUGUCAUCGCGACACAUCCAUCUUGUACAUUCUUCUGAUGUUCGGCACAAUGUGGCUGGGAAUGUUUCUGUACAACUUCAGGAAGACGCCGUAUUUGACAAGAGCGCGAAGGGAGUGGCUAGCGGAUUACGCGUUGCCUGCCAGUGUGAUGAUCAUGACAUUCUUGGGAGCGGUGGGAUUCAGCGAGAUUGAGAGUAAGUGUGAUUUUUGAUGGCAACGGCAUUUUUUCGAGAGAGCAUGGAAAAUGAGGAGAGUAUGUCAGAGAAAAAAGUUCUUGGCUAUCUCUUUUUGGAAGUUUCGGAGAAAACGUUGAUUUUUUGCAAAAACCUUCGCACAUGUUUUUUUCUAAUGGACCUUGAAAUUUAUAGGGCAAAAAUCAAAAAAAUAGUCAAAUUUUUACCUGUUAUUGGAAAUGAAAGUCUAGGUUUACAGUCAGCAGAAUCCGUAAAAAGAACGCUACGACUGUUUCAGCAUCAUUAUCAAAUCUUGUGAAGAUCUACGGCACAUUUCUAGCCCCUACUUUUAAUGAUAAUACCCACUAUUUUUCAGAAGACAUGUUCCCAGUCCGAACAGAAGUCCCUCUGAUCGCGAAUCCGGAUAUCUUCUCGCUGCCCCUCGAGGCCUACCCAAUCUGCAUUCUAUUAGGGUUCUUUCUCUCAUUCCUCUUCUACAUGGAUCAGAAUAUCACGAGUGCCAUUGUGAACAACAGUCAAAAUAAGCUCAAAAAAGGCAGCGCGGUGCAUUUGGAUAUGUUCGUGGUGGCCAUUCUCAACUGCUUCCUAUCACUUGGAGGCUUACCUUGGUAGGUAUUUUUUGUUUGAGAAUGAUUGCGAUUGUAGUUGUAAAAUUAUUGUAAAUGCUAAGUCUAAUGAGUGUAUGAAUUAACAUAUUUUAAUGAUUUUAGGAUGCACGGUGCUCUUCCACAUUCUCCGUUGCAUCUCCGAGCGUUGGCGGACGUGGAAGAACGGGUUGCUCAGGGACAUGUUCAUGAAGUGUAAGUUUAAGUCUUUGAAAUAAUUACAGUGGCGGGCCCGAUCCAGUGGCAGAAAAAAGUACCAUUUUGCAUCCGGGAAGCAUCAAAAAUGUGGCAAAAUGCUUCCCUCUCCAAGUGAAAAUACUCCGAUUUCAAAAGCGCGCCCGCUCUUUUCCCUUCAAAACGAAGUUUUUUCCCUUAAAGAGGGAAGCAUUUUGCCACAUUUUUGAUGCUUUCCGGAAGCAAAAUGGUACGUUUUUGCCACUGGAUCAGGUCCCCCAUUAUACCUAUCAUAUUUUACUAAGACACCAUCUGCAUUCCUUCCUCAACAAAAAUUUUUCAGAAUCAUGAACGUCCGUGAGACCCGUCUUGCCAGUUUGAUCGCCCACAUUCUAAUCCUGGUCUCAGCAUUCAGUCUCCUCCCAUAUCCAAUCCGAUGGAUCCCGACCUCGGUUCUGCAUGGUCUCUUCCUACAUAUGGCAUUCACAUCAUUGGCGGGCAAUGAAAUGAUGGAACGCUUAUUGCUACUGAUCACUGAACAGGUUGGAUUUUAAAAACAUCAACGUAUAUCACGGCGUCUUUUAAAAAUAUUAAAAUUUCUUUGUUUCAGCAAGCCUACCCACCCACCCAUUACAUUCGUCGAGUACCUCAGCGCAAAGUGCAUUUGUUCACCGGUUGUCAGCUGGUCCAAUUGGUUCUCUUGUGUGCCGUCGGGUUCUCGCCAUACCCAUUCGUGGAAAUGGUGUUUCCGAUCGUUUGCUUCUGCUUCCUUCCCAUUCGGUAAGUUGAGGAUUUCUAACAGACGAAGCGCUGCAAAUGCGACCUCAGAUUUUGAUGCAACUGGGCACAGAUUUAGAUUAGUUUUUUUCGAACACACAUGAUACAACGCUAGUUUGCGCCUUUUAGAAACGACCGAGAUUUUUUCGCCGAAAUCUAUUAUUUUUGUUAACUCUCGGGCAGCAUUCUGCGCGGUCUCUCGGCAGCCAAGAUCGAAAUUUCUCGGCCGCCGCGGGAAAUCGCUUUGCUUUGGGGGUGCAAAGUUUGGCCAAAAUUUUACGUUUUUGUGCCAGUUUGUCCUUGAAACGUCUUGGACAUUUUUGUAUCAAGGAAUUCCUGCAAAAAACCGUUUUUUUACUCAAAAUUAGCAAAGGUUAGGCUGUUUUUUCUCUCUAACUGCUCUCCACUUACUCCCCUGUCCGUCAAAAUUGUCGAAUAGUUCAAUUCAAAUUGCAAAGCGCGCGCUGAAAUGUUCACAAAAAAUUUCGACCCAAAAUUCAAUGAAAACUGAGCUCUUAUUUGCAGACAUCUUGUGAUACCUCGGCUCAUUGACUACAAGUAUUUGGACGCGUUGGAUGGACGUCACUAG